AUGGGAAAAGUGUGGAGGGACACCAUCGAAGGCUUCAAACAAAGCAUCAAGCGGAGCAGAAACCCAUCAAGAACACCAAAAAAUAUACAAAAGAAGAGCGUCACUAAAGACGUGUCGGCACCCAAGUCCAAGAGGCUGGCAAGGCAGAACAGCUUUAAGGUGAAAACCGGUGUCAGGGGGGACAGGGCCAUGUUGUCCCCCCCGGAUGCACCUCCCGCCUGUCCCCACUGCAAGGACAGUCUGGUGGCCGCUCCACUUGCGAGGACAGGGUCAGGGGGGUGUGAGGGACGCCCCGGGAUGGCAGGCUGCAGGGUGGCGGUCGCCCCCCUGGCUGCCUCCGACCCCCCGCUGAGGGUGGAACACAGACAUGAAGUUCGACAGGUUCAGCCCGAGUCCAGGGAUGUGUCGGAGCGUCUGGUCCAGUUGCAGCGCUGUAUGAAUCCCCUCCAGGAGCCAGGGGUCCCCAGGGGCCGUGUAGGCCAGGGAGGGGACACGCUGGGGGCCAUUCUGGCUCUGAUGGCUGCAGUACUGACAGAGUGUGACCUACACUGUCACAGCCAGGCCCUCAGGGCUAUGGCCAGGCGACUGGAAUAUACAGCUGUAAGAGCAAGAGUGUGUGUUGCAGUGGUCCCCUCAGUGAGGCUGCAUCCUCAGGACUGUGCUGAGAUCUAUCGUUUGGGGAUCAAAGAGAACGGAAUCUACACCAUCCAGCCUGAUCCACACAGACCUGCAGUGGAGGCAGAGUGUGACAUGGAGACAGCAGGCGGGGGGUGGACAGUGUUCCAGCGUCGGCGAGAUGGCUCGGUGGACUUCAACCGAACGUGGCAGGAGUACCGCGAGGGUUUUGGUUCCCCACAGGGAGAAUACUGGCUGGGGAACGCAGCACUGCAUGCGCUAACCAACACUGGUCAACACCUGCUGCGUAUACAACUGGAGGACUGGCACCAGCAGAAACGCCAAGCCACCUACAACACUUUCAGAGUGGCAGCAGAGGCACAGAGGUACCGUCUGACAGCACGGGAGUACUCUGGUGAUGCGGGCAAUGCCCUAAGCUACAGUAAACGCUACAACCAUGAUGGCCGAGCGUUCAGCACCAACGACCGUGACCACGAUCGCUACACAUCAGGGAACUGUGCGGAGUACUAUGGUGCAGGCUGGUGGUUCGACGCCUGCCUGGCGUCUAACCUGAAUGGACUCUUCUACCGCGGGCGCUACAGCGGGCUGACCAAUGGCAUUUACUGGGGCACCUGGUACAUCCUGACAGACAGUCACAGCGGAGAGCGCUACUCCUUUAAGAGUGUGGAGAUGAAGACACGCCCACGCAACUUCUAA